AUACCCUGGAUAAAUACCGAUGAAUUUAUAUUCCAAGUCGGCACCACACCACCACAUUGGAGAAAAAAGCAAAGCAACAUCAAUCCCAUGUCUGCAUCUCGACGGAAAGCAGUGGAAAUGGGAUCAUGAGCAGGGGUUCACUCCGUCCCGUACGUUCCAAACAUAUAAGUAGCACCGCGAUCCAAUGCAAUUUCUCCUGCUGCUCGUAUGCACCACUUUCACUCCGAAAAACAGCCCCAACUUUCGCCUGGUGCGAGUUUGUCAGUCCAGUCCAGUAGUCGCUGAGCAGAGCUCCAACUCCUACCUAGGCACACACACAGCACGGAGAAUUCCUCCAACAAAGGAGCUCGACUUCUCAACAACCACUGCAUUUCUGUUCCACCACUCGAGACUCGAGUGAGUGAGUGAGUUUUACUCCUCAUGAAAAUUACACAAAGGAUUAGAAAAUAAUCUGUUCGAAAAGAAGUCACUCUCACUCCCACCCACAUUUAUUUCUCGUACUUUCUCCCGCUACAGGAUUAACUAUUUGUGGAGAAAGUUUAAAAAUAGGAGAUCAUUAUAAUUCUGUAAUUGCAUUCGUUCCUUCAUUCAAGGUGUCGUUUGGUGGUUUUUGGGACAGGAAAUGAAUUACAUACAUCGCAAAAUUAUUCGCGAGGUGAGCUUUCUCCUCGACUGAGUGAGCCCCAUUUCACGCCGAAUGUAAUGAAGCGUUACUUAACACUCGUUCCUGAAUGCCUGCAAAAUGAUUGGAGUGAGAUUGCUUUCCCUUCAUUUGUGCUGAGGUUUUUGUAAGACGAGGAAUUAUACAGAUUGAGAUUGAGAGUGUUUUCUUCUCCUCCUUCUCCAGGAGAUUAGAAGUAAGUGAAAAGUGAGUUGUAUUUUAUUUAGCGAGUGGUUUUUAGUUGGUGAAAGUAGUAGUGUGUCGGUAAUAAGUGCUGUUUUGAUGAGACUGCUUUCCAUCUUCUUCUUCUGAGGUUUUUUUCGGGGGAGAGAGGAGAUACAGGUAGAAAGAUUACAGCCGCUUGGCCUUUGACGGGGAGAUUAUGGAUGAAAAGUGAUUCGUCCACUGGCUGGCCGGUCAACCAGUACCGUUUGGACGACCAUGAAUAUAGAGCAACUUUUCCCCCACUUUCACCACCACUAGACGACCAACCACUUUCUUCCUCCUACGCAAAGAUAAACGUGGAAGUAGAAGACGACAGAGUUCAGCCGACGACGACAAGGACAACAACAGUUCUUCCCGUCACAGAAUCAUGCCAAAUCUACAAAUUACCGUGACCACCAUUUGCCUCAUCUUUAUCGCAGGCUCCGCCGGCAAUCCGGACGCUAAGCGACUUUAUGAUGAUCUCCUCUCCAACUAUAACAAGUUGGUAAGGCCCGUCGUCAACGUUAGUGAUGCGCUCACGGUCAAAAUCAAGCUUAAAUUGUCGCAACUUAUAGAUGUGAACCUGAAGAACCAAAUCAUGACGACGAACUUGUGGGUCGAGCAGUUUUGGAUGGAUUACAAGCUGACAUGGGACCCAGCCGAGUAUGGAGGCGUUCGAAGCCUCCACGUGCCUUCUGAUCAUAUAUGGCGGCCCGACAUAGUGCUCUACAACAAUGCGGACGGGAAUUUUGAAGUGACGCUGGCCACAAAAGCCACAUUAUACUCUUCCGGCAUGGUCGAGUGGAAGCCGCCUGCCAUAUACAAAUCCUCGUGUGAAAUCGACGUCGAGUACUUUCCCUUUGAUGAACAAACUUGUGUAAUGAAGUUCGGGAGCUGGACAUAUGACGGUUUCCAGGUAGACCUAAGGCACAUCGAUGAGCAAGAAAACUCCAACACGGUCGAGAUUGGAGUUGACCUCUCGGAUUUUUAUAUGUCCGUGGAGUGGGACAUCUUGGAAGUUCCCGCUGUCCGAAAUGAACGCUACUAUACGUGCUGUGAUGAACCCUACUUGGACAUAACAUUCAACAUCACGAUGCGAAGAAAAACGCUUUUUUAUACCGUAAAUCUUAUCAUACCCUGCAUGGGGAUUUCCUUCCUCACCGUUCUUGUCUUCUACCUUCCGUCCGACUCGGGAGAGAAAGUGAGCCUGUCGAUAUCCAUUCUCCUCUCGCUCACCGUGUUCUUCCUCCUGCUCGCCGAAAUUAUUCCUCCCACCAGCCUUGUAGUUCCGCUCCUCGGGAAAUUUGUACUUUUUACAAUGAUUCUCGACACCGUGAGUAUAUCCGUCACGGUUGUCGUACUUAAUGUUCAUUUCCGAACUCCUCAAACCCACACAAUGGCUCCAUGGGUGCGUCGCGUAUUUCUCCACAUUCUGCCACGACUCCUCGUAAUGAAACGACCCCAGUAUUACUUAGAAAGGAUCGGGGCCAAGGCACCCACCACAAUGAGCUCCGGGGGACGAAUGUUGGUCCGAACGUGUAAUGGAUUGGAAUUACGACCCGCGCUAUCACUGCAUGACCCCAUUCAAUUGAGGAAUAUUCGAGAAGCGUUGGGCAUCGGGGAUCUGAUGGGGCCACGGUCGCAUGACUAUUCGCCAAGUCGAGACGUAGUGGACGGCCUGGGGCUGAAUGGGAAUUGCAAAAUCCACGGGAUGCCACCCCCACCGCCUCCGCCGGGACAUAAUAUCCCCCCCUCGCGCGCCUCAUCACACCCGCUGUUGCGGUCCACGGAGCUUCAGGAUGAUUUAGAGGGUGACACGGAAGGUGAAGAUGGUGCUGGAGAAAGCGGGGGUGGGAUAGGCGGGAGCGGGAGGAGUCGGUCGUGCUGGAUCAACAGCCCUGAAGUGACCAAGGCCGUGGAGGGGGUCCGUUUCAUAGCGGAGCAUACAAGGCGGGAAGAGGAGUCUAUUAGGGUGAAAGAAGAUUGGAAAUACGUGGCGAUGGUGCUGGACCGACUUUUCUUGUGGAUUUUCACCCUCGCCGUGCUCGUCGGGACGGCCGGGAUUAUCCUCCAAGCCCCAACUUUGUACGAUGAUCGGAUCCCAAUCGAUAUUAAACUUUCACAUAUUGCUUCCGCCACUGCGAAACCUGCCGGCUCGACGCCUCCUCCGGCGGGUUAAGGACAUGCCCCCCCCACUUUCACCUUAAUAAUACUCUAAAAUACCCCCCUUAAUUAAUCCCCCGUCUCAUUUUUUGAUGAAAAACUACCACAGCUACGUACGACCACUACCACUACCACUAAAAACUAUUUACCAGUCAACCCUCAGUAAUAAGUGGACCAAGAGAAGAUCCCGUCAAGUCAGCAUGAAUGAAGCAGAGAAUCCGCUACUAAAGGACGCAUCCCAGUGGCCGCGGAAGAAGCCGUGGGGACAUUAAGAUUGUAGGAUACGAGGGUUUAUAUAAGAUGGGGAGAUGAUGCCGACCGUGGGGACAUUGUCCCUCUGUCCUUCCGCGGCCACUGCAUGAUCCAGCUACUAAAGUCAUCUUAUUACUACUCCUCGCCGCCAAAGUAAUGAAUGGAAUGCGGAAAAGAACUCAUCAGUUUAAAAUGUGCUGAACUGGCAAAAGUAUUUAUUUCUGGGAAUGUAAUGUUCCCCGACGACGACCAGUGGCCGCGGAAGCCGUAGGGACUUCUGGGGACAUUGACAUUGCAGGAUAGGGGAGAAGGGCCGGGUUUACAUAAGAUUAUGCGGACAACCGUUGGGACAUAAAUUGUCCCUCUGUCCCCACCCACCCUUCCGCGGCCCCUGAUUACGACGACUAUCUGCAUCAUCAUCUCUCCAGUCUCACUUAAACUCCUCUCUCCGAAUGAACCAAGGGAGCUCAGAAUAA